GAUCCUCCCUCUGACGAAUGACGUCGCUCGGAUGCUGUGACGCAGCAGAUUCAAAGUUCCCAGCAACGUUUCCUCCUCUGUGUGGAGAAGCUGCCUCCUCCUGCACCUCCUCCUCCUCCUGCACCUCCUCCAGCUUCACCUCCUCUGUCUCAAACUUUGUUAAAGUCAAUCGUCUCCAUGUUUUCUCACGACUGAGGCGGGCUCUCGGUGUCGGAAUGGAGGGCAGCGUCAUUGGACCGGGUCCGUACCGGGCGACGAAGCUGUGGAAUGAAACCAUUAAACUCUUCCGUGGGGGGAUGCCGCUCAGAAGGCACUGGGCACACUUCCGCUGCUAUGACUGCAGUUUCACUGGAUCCGAGGCUGUUGAUUACUUGCAUGAGCUGCUGAGGUGCAACUACAACUUUGGGCCUGAGGUGACUCGCUACCAGACGCUGCAGCUGCUCAGGAAGUUCUUCAAGGCCCAUGUCAUUGAAGAUAUCAAAGGACGUCACGGGACAGAGGACUUCGAAGACAACAGCCAUCUGUACAGGUUCCCCACGCUGUCUCCUCUGAAAUCUUUUCCAACGAGGCCUCUGUUGAGAGACAGCUGUGACCUGCCCAGACUCAUCCGCUGGGAUGACUAUGAAGAAUUGCCUCAGCAGGAAAACAUCGCACCCCUGAAGUCUGCUGUCAUGACUUCAGAUUUGUGGAAUAAAAGACACAGUGUAGCGAUUGGAGACGUGCACGAGUGCAAGCUCAUACGCAGGAAGGAGAUCACUUCCAAACAAGUGGACCAAAUUUGGAAAUCAAUGACAGUUGCACAUUUACAGAGAGUGCUGGGCCUGCAGUCAUUGGAUGGAGUGUUAAACCCCACGCAUGUGAACAGCAAACACAUUGUUCACAACGUGUUCAGUGUUAAUAAGACGGGCAUAGUCAUUCUGGAGAACAAAGCUGAGGACAUGCCCUACUGGGUGGUAUCUGCAAUGAAAUGCCUCGCCAACUGGCCUAAUGGCAACGAAACCAAACAACCAGUGUACCCGGGUUUCGAGAGAGAUGUUCUGAGAACAGUCGCAGAUUAUUUUCAGAGACUCAAAGAACCCCUGCUGACUUUCCAUCUAUAUGAAGUCUUUGUCAACAUUCUCAGUCUGCUGCAAGAGGAGGAGGUAGCCACUGAGGCGCUUCAAGUCAGCAGUCUCUUACUGCCGCCGCCCAACCGAAGACGCCUCCAGCUGUUACUGCGCCUCAUGGCGCGGGUCUGCCAGAAUCCCCAUCUGCCUCCACUCAAUGACACUAUUUCUACCCGCACACUGAUGCUGCAGAUGUUCUCUCACUGCGUUCUGGGCUCAGUAGAUGAGAUGGACUUGGACGAGCUGCUGGCCACUAAACUGGUAACCUUCAUGAUGGAGCACCACAACACCAUUUUCCAAGUGCCCUCCAAGCUGCGUGGCCAGGUUGAGGAGCAUAUGUCCCAUCUCAAAAGAGUUCAGAUCAAAUAUGCAGGUUCAGAUACAGACUUUAGUGCAUCGCCAGCCUUUUGUAAACAGAUCAGAAGGGUGGAGUCUGACGAGCAGAAGGUGAUCGGUACCCAGACCCCCCUGCAGCAGCUUCUGGAGGGUCUGAUAGCAGACAAAGAACUCCCUGCCAAGGACAAAAGAAAAAGGCUAAAACAGUUCCAGAGGUCAUACCCGGAAGUCUACCAAAAUCGAUUUCCCACAGAGGAAAGCAAAGCUGCUGUAAUACCUGAGAAAACCCCUCGACUCAAACCUCAUCUCAUGUUCCUCAACCUUAAGAAACCCUUCCAGCCUUUUCAGAGGAGCUGGAGUUUCAGGGCAUGAUCUGACACAUCUACACUUCAGGCUGUUUAUGCAUCUCAACCCCAGUGUCCUGAGACACAGAGGAGUGUGGCCGACAUGGCACACAGGUUUGGUACUUAUGAUUAACCACUAUGGAUUGUUUUAAAAAUAAUCAAUUUGACCUUGUAGCACUAUCAAACUUAAGACAUCAAAGGUUCAGUUCACUCAAAUUUCAAAAUAGUUUUGAGAUUUCCCACUGAUUUCUAGUCGUGCACAUUGUUCUGUUGAAGCUGUGGCAUAUUUGCAACUAUUUUCUAAUUCUACUGAUAGUGCAUACAGUUAAUGUGGAGGGGUGAACUGACCAUUUAAGGGCAUUUCUAUGUUUUUACUUAUUGCCAGAAUACUUGAAUAGAAAACAAAAUAUCAGAAACAUUCACUUACUGUAAAAGAACCACUGAUGUUUCUUAAAAUGCCUUUUUUGUAGUUUUCAUAAAUUAUGUAUGGGUAAAUUUUUCUACUUAUAUGAUACUAUAUUUUACAAAAGCAUUAUUUACUGUUGAGCGGCCUUGAAACCUCAACACACUGCAGUCAAAUGAAAUGUAUGCAAAAUAGACAAAACACAGGAAAAUUACAUCAAUACAUCUUCGCCUAUAUGACAAUACAUAAACAGCAUUUAGGAAAACCUGAAAAGUUAGAAUAAACACGAGAAAUACAAAACAAAGGUCAAGAUGGCACUAAAAAUUGUGAUAACAUGAAUGAGACAUUCUAAAUAUAGAAAUACAGUUUGCCACAUUAUUGUGAAUAUCUGCUAUUAUCCUGGCAGCAUUUCUGUAAUCUAUUACACCUUAUAUUGUGUCUAUUUUCAUAUGUUUUCAUAAGUUGCAUUGCAUUGAGCAUACAGGGCCACUGUACCUAGUUAGCAAAUUGGCUUAUUUGAAUGAAAUGCAUUAAUUGAUGCAAAAGUCUUAAUUGCUUAUUUGGUUUUAAUACUGUAGGUUAAAAAAUAUUAAUAGUCAAAGUCUGUUUAAUAUUGAUAGACAGUUUAAUAUUGUAGUAGCUUAAACUGUACUGCAGCUGCAGUGAUGGUUCUAAAAGACCUUCAACCAUGGAAUUUCAUGAGCUAUUCUCAUUUCACGAUCACUUUUCAUGUAGGGAAUGUUAUUUAUGAUGCUGCAUCAUAAGCACAUGUUUGAAUGAGCAUAUCCAGGGAUUACCCAGAAAAGAGAUAAUUAUGUUUGUAACUCAAAGAGAUGACAACAAAUGAGGGAAACCCCAAAAUAUUUGGGUAGAAAUUGCUAUAAAAAUGUAAAACUACUGUAUAUCUAUUGGUUUUAUAUCAUACUGCGUCUCAGAGAGGGGAGGAAGACACAUGAGGUUUAUGAUGUGCUGUAAAUUGUCACCGUCCUUUUUUUCCUAAACCCUCUCGGUAAUUUACUUGAUUACUGUAUGUGCACUCUACUUUCAUUUCAUGGUUUUACUUGUUAGUUUUAUUCUGUAUAUAAGAACUGUUCUCUUGGUUGGUACAUAUUUCAAUGUCUUGGAUGAUCUUUCAAAUGUGUCCGUCAUCAUUUUCUGUUACCUGCUGUUCUGUCAUGUCAAUCAGGUUGUUUCUCACUUAAUUUGAAACCUAUAAUUGUUGCAUUAAUGCUGGAAAAACUGUUACACUUGAAUUGCUGCUGUGUGCUGGAAAAAAUCAACAGGAUAAAAGUGAAUUUGUGUUGAUGCUGAUUUUCAUAUAAAAACUGCUGUAAUUGGGAA